AUGGCUUGUUUGGGUGGUGGUUUCAUCAUCAUACUACUAAAUGCUCUUUUAGCCGUCGCCGCGACGGCGACGACGGCGUCGGGGACGUGCGGUUUCCCGGCGGUGUUCAACUUCGGGGACUCGAACUCCGACACUGGGGGCCUGUCGGCGGCAUUCGGGCAGGCCCCGCCGCCGAAUGGGGAGAGCUUCUGGGGGCGGCCGAUGGGGCGGUACUGCGACGGCCGCGUCGUCGUCGAUUUCAUAGCGCACAAAUUGGGGCUUCCGUAUCUGCACGCAUAUCUGGAUUCGGUUGGAUCGAACUUCUCCCACGGCGCCAACUUUGCGACCGCCGGGUCAACGAUCCGGCCGCAGAACACGACGCUGUCCCAGAGCGGCUUUAGCCCCAUCUCCCUCGAUGUCCAAUCGUGGGAGUUCGCCCAGUUCGUCACCCGAUCGCAGUUCGCAGCUAAAGUGAAUGGAGUGUUCAAUGGUCUUUUACCAAAGGAAGAGUACUUCUCACAGGCUCUAUACACCUUUGACAUUGGCCAAAAUGACCUCACAGCAGGAUACUUUUCCAACAUGACCACUGAGGAAGUGAAAGCAUCAAUCCCUGACAUUCUCAAUCAGUUCACUGCAGUUAUCCAGAGCGUCUACGGACAAGGGGGACGGUACUUUUGGAUCCACAACACUGGGCCUUUUGGGUGCCUCCCAUACGUACUUGAACGCGUCCCUCUGAAGGCCCCCGAUGUCGACCGCCAUGGCUGCGGCACGCCGUUCAACGGCGUGGCGCAGCUCUUCAAUGAGAAGCUCAAGGAGACGGUGGCGCAGCUCCGGAGAGACCUCCCCCUCGCCGUCUUCACCUACGUCGACGUCUACUCCGUCAAGUACAACCUCAUCGCCCAUGCCAGGAAGCACGGGUUUGAGCGUCCCCUCGUGGCGUGUUGCGGCCACGGCGGCAAGUACAACUACAACACAAAGUACGGGUGCGGGUCGAUGAAGACGACGGCGAACGGCACCGCGGUGCUGGUCGGGGGGUCGUGCGAGGACCCGCGCAAGAGGAUCAUCUGGGACGGAGUUCACUACACGCAGGCCGCAAACAAGUAUGUGUUCGAGCAGAUAGUCGGCGGGAAAUUCUCUGACAGCAGCGUGCCGUUGAAACUGGCAUGCCAGACGAAGCCGUGA